UUGAAAGUCGAUGAACUCAAUGAUGAAAAGGCGGAAGCGUUGUACCAACAGCUCAUUGAGUUCAAUUCAAACGACGAGGAAAAUGUGCAGCGCUUGCGAAGACUCUUCGAUGUCUGUAAGUCUGUUAUGCAAAUCAAAUCACUUCAGGCAGAAGUGGCCGUCGAAGAGCUCGAGGAGACGAUUAAAAAUUAUAACAAAUCUGAAGCAUCGAAAAAAGAUAUGUAUAAAGAAUCUGACGGUAGAGCAGACAAUAUUGGCUUUAAUCAGACAAAUAACCAAAUCAUUGAACUCAAGAAUACAAUUGAAGCCAAGGAUAGCGAAAAUAUAAAAUUAAAGCGGAAAUUAAAUGAUUUGCAAAAUAGUUUAGAUUUAAGAGAUAAGGAAGUGAUUGCUUUGCGAUCGGAAGUCGAGUCCUUAAGAGAAGAAAUUGAUAAUCAAAGACAAUCGGACGACCGGUUUGUCGAAAGGGAAGAGCCGUUAGAAAAGUUAAGGGAAAAGAAUAAACAAAUUCAGACUCUUUUGGAUGAGUUGAGAGAAGUGGAGACCAUUAACCUCGAGUUUGCUAAUCAGAUCAAGAAACUCAAGUUAGAGCUGAACAGUGCCACAAAUGAAUUGCAGAUCAGUUGCAAUCAAAUGGAAAUGCUUUCCAAACAAAUCAAUGAAUUAAAGCAAUUGAACGAAGAUUUUCUUCUUGAGAAACAAUACUUAACCGAAGAAAUGAGUCAAUUAAAAGAGUCUCUGAAUGGAUAUGAGGGCGGAAAUGACAAUAUUAUUGAUAAAUACGGCGAAAGCAUAAAAGAUUUGCAAAAAUUGCUUGCAAACAAAGACGAAGAGAUUAUUAAAUUAAAGUCUUCGAGUCUAAUACCAGACGAGGCUAUCCGAGAGAAGGAGAGAAAGAUGAGUAAAGUUUUGGAAGAAAAGGACAAACAAUUAGAGUUACUGAAGACACAACUCAAUGAAGCGGUCGUCGAUAUGGAGAGUCAGACAGAAAUUAUACGAAAACUCUUCCAACAAAAUAAAGGAGACGAAGAGGUUUCUAAACUGAACCAAAAGAUCUCAUGUAAAACAGAAUUGAAUUCAAAAAUAAAUGAUUUGGAGGAAGAAUUGGAGCGAAAGAAUGCAAAACUGAAAGCAUUUCAAAGCGAGAACGAAGAGUUGAAAACCAAACGCAUGAAUCCAAACACUCAACUCAAACAGACUGUCGAGGACUUGAAAGAGGAGAGUCAGCAAAAGGAUCUCCUCAUCAGUACAUUGAAGAAGAGUAUUAAAGACGACAGAGCUAUGAGAGCCGUGUCUGCCGUCAGACGUCCCAAAGAGGACGAUAUCAAAAGAGAUAAGAAAGUAGACAAUCAGUUGUUCCAAGAGAUUGCAGACUUGAGAGCUAUGACCGAAACCCAGAAAAACACGAUUAAACACUUAGAGGUUGUUAAAUGGGAUUACGAGAAGAACUUAAAGGAAUUAAAGGAACAAAUGAAACAAAAAGCGAAGGAAAAAGAGAUGGAAAUAUCAGAAUUAAAAGAAAAAAUCGAUAAAAUCAAAGUCAGAAUGAAUAGGAAUGAAAACGAGAAGCAAUUGCUGCAAAACAAAGUGACUCUUAGGGAGAAGACUCAGAAGAAUAGACAACACAAAUGGACACAAACUACUGGUGCGGUCAGUGAACAGGAUGUAAAUAAAUUGAAACAAGAAAUGAAAACGUUAAGACAUGAGUUGAAAGAAAGGGAAAACGAGUCCAAUGUUUUGAGAAAGAGCUUAGAGAUGAGCGGACAGAAAGAGAGCGAACUGAAGACUCUGUUGGAGGAAAGCGUCAAACGGGAAAAGUUGGCCACAAUUCACGAGAAGAAUGUCGAAUGCGAUCAACAGUACGACCACUUGUUGGAGGAGAACGCGAGGAUCAAAGACAGGACUGUAGAGUUAGGCCUCUGCGAGCGCUCUCUUGUUUUUGUUGCUAAACAUCUCUUCGAUGAAGUAGUCCAUCAUAUUCUCGGGCGCCUCGAGUCCGAAGUGAUAGUUCCUGAGAUGGUCUUUGAAAGUGCGGUCAAUGAGAUGAUGGCGUCGGCCAACAAGAAGGCCAAAGUGACGACAAUAACGCCCACCACUAACCGGUCGGCCGUUGUGGUCGUCUCGAGCAACGGCGCUAUGACUACGGAAACGGCUUCAGCGGUCGCAUCGAUCACCGGAGGAGUAGUGAAGUCUGAGUCGGAUAUGAUGGGCACUCCUUACACACCGAUCCGCGGCAGACGCCCAGCGAUGACCCCUCAGAACGUUGAGUUCAAAUGCACUUUCCCUGACUGCGGGUUCGUCACCAACUCGCAGGAAAAGCUCGACUUUCACGUCAAGGCUCACACCAACACCAAGUACAAGUGUCCAUACUGUCCGUACGUCAGCAAUACGAUAGUAGACAUCAAACGCCAUAUCCAGAAGAGUAAGAAACACGAGGGCCAGAAGGUGUACGCCUGUCAACAGUGCGUAGACAUCAAACGCCAUAUCCAGAAGAGUAAGAAACACGAGGGCCAGAAGGUGUACGCCUGUCAACAGUGCGGUUACGGCAGUGACUGCCUGGCGUGA